AUAUACACUUUACAUGUCCCUUCGCAUUUGUAUUCGUAGUAAAAGACAGACAUUAGAGGUAUCUGAGUGAGAUUUCCGAAAUUGAAAUGACGAAACUGAGGGAGAUCAUUGGCAUAAUCAAAGACAAAGCCUCACAAAGCAAAGCAGCGAUCCUCUCCAACCGCGCCAGCCUCUCUCUCCUCCGCGCCACCAGCCACGACCCCUCCACCCCGCCCGCCCACCACAAGCUCUCCACCCUCCUCUCCUCCGCCGACGGACCACGUUCCUCCGCCUCCGCCGCCAUCUCCAUCCUCCUCCGCCGCCUCCACUCCACCCACAGCUCCGCCGUCGCCCUCAAGUGCCUCCUAGCCGCCCACCACGUCAUCCGCCACGGCACCUUCAUCCUCCAGGACCAGCUCUCCACGGCGUACCCGUGCUCCCGCGGCGGCAGAAACUACCUUAACCUUUCCCACUUCCGCGACCGGAGCUCCACUACGUCGUGGGAGCUCUCCUCCUGGGUGCGAUGGUACGCCCACCACAUAGAGAACAUAUUAUGCGCCUCCCGAACCCUCGGAUUCUUCUUCCUCUCGGCGUUGCCGCCGUCUCCUUCUUCGCCGGCGCGUGAGAACAAAGAAGAGCGGGUUUCCUGUCUCACUAACGGUGAUUUGUUAAGAGAAUUGGAUUCUUUGGUGGCUCUUAUCGAAGGGAUCACGAAGAAACCCCAUCACAACAACAAGAUUGAAGAAGAUUACAGCAAGAACAAGCUUGUGGAUGAGGUUGUUGGGUUGGUGGAAGAAGACGCGGUUAUGGCGGUGAGUGAGGUUUCGGCGAGGGUGAACGAGUUCAAGGAGAGAAUGGGUUUGUUGAGUUUUGGUGAAGGAGUUGAGCUUGUUUGCAUUUUGAAGAGGUUGGAAGAGUGCAGAGAACAACUUGUUGCGUGUUGUUCAUGUCUGAUGGAAAAGGGAGAGAAGAAAAGGUUCUGGGAAUGUGUGAGAGAGUUGAAGGAAGUGGCUGGGAAGAACGUGUUGUGUACGGAAGAAGAGGGUAAGAGAGUUGGAAGAUCAGAGAGGAAAACGGAAUCGGAUCGGUUUCUUGACGGAAGACUUGUUCUGAAUUCGGUUGAUUUGGUGCGGUUUCCCUCCUCAAGGUUCUUCUGAUCUGAUGCUCAAGGGCACCAUCAUCACCAUCACUACCACCACCAUUAGCACCAACACUAGGGACAAAGAGCUCAACUCUGUCAUAAUACACGCACCUUGUUUGCUUGCAAGAGGAGAGCAUCUCAGCAAUACAGACCCUUCUCAGCCUGAAUUCCUUGGGACAAUCAGAAGCCGCCACCAUGAUCGCAUGGUCAAUUAUCUCGAAUAUAUCAGAAGAAGAUGAAUAAGACUUGAAGUAACUCCUCCAGUGAUGACUUCAUGAUGCUCAUUCCCAAUUAAACCCUCUGAGAGAUUUCAAUCCAGAUCCCAGCAAUAGAAACAACUAAAAAAAUGGAAUCACCCACCAAUCAAAAUUUGAUUUUUUCCGGUGAGCAAGGAUUUUAUUCAACAAUAAUGAACGCUUAAGUUUGUAAAUUUAUUAACUUAGUGUGCCAUUGGUUUGGCAAGAUUCGAUUGAAUGGUCUUUGUUCUAACUUGGCGGCAUCCAUGGAAGAGUACAAAGGAAAACCGAUAUAAGCAAAGCAGAUCGGUGUAAGUUGCAGCAAAGGAAGAGACCACAUUCCACCAGAAGCCAGCAGCGGUGAUUGAGGAAGAGGAUAGAGAGGAGUUGGACGGUGCAGCAACGACGAUCUCUCCAAUAUUGGGUAGAGGGUGUUCAGUAAAGCAACAGCUACCUAUUCACGCCAGAGAGGAACUGCGGGCAAGGGCCAGUGACGCCGGGACGCCGUUUGGGCCACCAAUCUUGACGAGGUUAACAACCCCACUAUGAUGAAAGUAGCCAUAAACCCACCUUGGUUGGCCAAGCCAAGGAUGCACCUCUUACUCUCAAAGAACCUAGAGAAAAAUAAGCACACAACUUAUUUCAUAUUCAAAAAUAAACUUCUAACUCUAUUUUAUAAAUAAAAAGUACAUGAGUUAUUUAUACUAGUGGGAGAAGGAAAACCCUUCAUAACUUGGACGAUGUGGGACUAAUACAUAAUGCAAAGUUCACUAUCUUAAACAAUAUGGGACUUGUAUUCCCUUAUUAUAAUUAACUAAUAUAACUAACCUACUAACUAUACUUGCUCCUGCGUCAUUCUUCCUGGGUUGAAAGAACUCUUGCGUGAAAAGACUUGUGACAGCAGAUGAUCGAUCUCAUUGAUGAAUCCACAUCAAAAGAUCCUAUUGGUGACUCCACACCAAAGACCCGCACUCACAAAUCAGAUAAAAUUUUACAAGAUUCGUAGUAGCAGACGAUCUCAUUGACGAAUCCACACCAAAAGAUCCCAUUAGCGAAUCCACGCCAAAAACCUACACCACAAAUCAAAUAAAAUUCUACUAAAGUAAGGUGAAAGCCAUGAGGACCGAUCUUGCUCUGAUACCAAACUGACAUCGGGGACGUCGCUUGGGCCACCAAUCUUGUCGAGAUUAACAACCCCACUAUGGUGAAAGUAGCCAUAAACCCAUCUUGGUUGGCCAAACCAAGGAUGCAGCUCUUACUCUCAAAGAGUCUAGAGAAAAAUAAGCACACAGCUUAUUUAUACUAGUAGGAGAAUGAAAAGUUU